GCAAGGGAAGGAGAAAUCUGUCUCAUCUGGCCAGGAUCAAGGACCAAAGGAGGUUCUAUUCUGAGAGUCAGAACCCUGCCUCAGGACACCCUGGGUCCUGAGCCCCCCCAGCAAGUGCCUGUCACAAAGUAGAGACUUGCUGCAAGAUGACAGACAGGCUGCCAGGGAAACCACUGGGAUUGAUCCCAGGGGCAGAUGUGGCCUUGAGUGAAGGACGGGCUUUUUACGUGAAAUGAGAGAAUGGAUGUCAUAAACCAGGUGUCCUGCCGAGAAAUGGGUCUUGUGGGACCUCAGGUUACCUGCUGGAGUUUGAGUCUAACUUUAGGGCCCAUAGGAAGGGGAAGAAGAGGGGAACUGGGGCUCCCUGGAACCUCAAGAAGGGAGUCAAGAAAGAGGAGCCAAAGCUCACACAGGCGAUGAGCUCUUGGUCUUUCUGCCGGGCCAUGGGAGCAGAGGGCUAGUUUGUGAUCGCCAGACCGUGUGGGCUCUCACACGGAGGGGCGGCCUAACUUCCCAAGGCUCGAACCCACAGGGCCCCUGUUGUAUCACUCUUGCAUGUACGACUGUUAUAUUACCUUCGUUUUAGCACUGAACUACCUCUACUACUUCUCGCUUGUAGCUUGGGAGUAACGCAGAGCCAAGAGCCCUGACGGUCCCCUCUAGGUCUCCUGCCCCCAGCACAGGGUCUGGCACAGCAGAGGGGGUGGCAAAGGCUGACGAAGCAAGAGGAGACAGAAUUAUUUCCCCUGACUUUCUCCACCCUAAGGUUCAGGGCCAUGCUCCUGUUUUCGUCGCUUCCUGUCCUUCUGUGUAUGUUGACAACAGCCAACUCAGAAGCAGAAGCCUCGGGCGAUGCCCAGAAGACGUGCCCAGUGAUCACCUGCGCCAUCCCAGGCAGAGAUGGACGAGACGGACCCAAGGGAGAAAAGGGUGAACCAGGGCAAGGGCUCCGGGGCUUACAGGGCCCUCCAGGAAAAAUGGGGCCUCCAGGAAAUAUCGGGCCUCCUGGGGUUUCAGGACCAAAGGGCCCCAAAGGAGACCAUGGAGAUAGUUCAGUUGCUGAGACAAAGCUGGCUCACCUAGAGAGGGAGAUAACGAGUCUGAAAUCAGAACUGGACCACGUCAAAAAGUUGCAAGCGUUCUCCUCGGGCAAAAAGACUGGGAAGAAGCACUACGUGACCAACGGUGAAACAAUGCCUUUUUCCAAAGUGAAGGCUCUGUGUGCCGAGCUCCAGGGCACUAUGGCCACCCCUAAGAAUGCCGAGGAGAACGAAGCCAUCCGGCAUGUGGCCAAGAACGUGGCCUUCCUGGGCAUCACGGAUGAGGUGACUGAAGGCCAGUUUAUGUAUGUGACAGGAGGGAGGCUGAGCUACAGCAACUGGAGGACAAAUGAGCCCAACGACCACAGCUCUGGGGAGGACUGUGUGACCAUCCUCGAGGACGGGUUCUGGAAUGACAUCUCCUGCCACUCCUCCUUCCUGGCCGUCUGUGAAUUCCCAGCCUGA